ACAAAAGUUCCUCCAUAGGAAUGGGCAAGUUUGAGAAGAACGCUUUUCUUUUACACCUCACCCCCGCGAUCCCCACAACAACAACGGAUUGGAUAUAAGGAUCGACUGCGCCCCGACAGACAGCUCCAGAUCUGGACUUUAUUUCGUCUUCUUUUUUCUUUUUCUGGGGGUGAUAACUUGGAUAACUUGGAUUCAUCUGAAGAUAAAAGCAAAACAAGUUGGGAGGUGUUCACUUGGGGGGAAAAUGCGUUCCUCUACGCUGCCUCGCACUUUUGCAAAGUUCGCUGUGAUUUUCCUGCUGUUGUUGAGAGUGGAGAGCGGAUCUGGUACUAACGCCAGGACGUGUCCGUCUCCCUGCGCUUGUCUCAGGGAGCUCGUGGACUGCGGUCGGCUGAAAAGGGGACAAACACUACCAGCCGUGAUCCCGGAGUGGACAGUUGAACUGGACCUGAGCCACAACAAAUUGCAGGUGCUCGACAGCACUUUGUUUUCCAAACUACAACAUUUAAAAGAAAUAAAGCUGAACCACAAUGGACUGGAGGAGAUACCAGAGCUGGGCCCUUACGCCUCAAACAUCACAGUUCUCAUUCUAGCAAACAACAAGAUCACUGCGAUCUCCGAGGCUCAGCUCCGGCCCUUUCUUGCCCUGGAAACCCUCGACCUCAGUAACAACAAUGUUGUGGAAAUAAAGUCCGGCUCCUUCCCUGCGCUGCCUCUCAAGAACUUGUUCCUCAACAACAAUCGGUUAUCCUCUCUGGAGCCUGGCUGCUUUACCAAUCUGUCCAGCACGCUGCAGGUUCUCCGGCUCAACCGCAACCGCCUCUCCAACAUAGGACCCAAGAUCUUCACGCUGCCUCACCUACAGCAUCUAGAGCUGAGCAGAAACCGGGUUCGCAGGGUGGAUGGGCUGACGUUCCAACACCUCCCAAGUCUUCGCUCCUUGAAGAUGCAGAGAAACAGCCUCAACCGCCUGAUGGACGGAUGUUUCUGGGGUCUCAGUAAUAUGGAAGUCCUGCAGCUGGACUACAACAACCUGACAGAGGUGAGCAAAGGCUGGCUGUACGGCCUGCUGUCUCUGCAGCAGCUCCACCUCAGCCACAACACCAUUAGCAAGAUCAAAUCUGACGCCUGGGAGCCCUGCCCGAAACUCAGUGAGCUCAACCUGUCAUCCAAUCACCUGUCCAGGCUGGACGAAUCGGGAUUCGCAAAUCUCGGCGUGCUUGACAGGCUUGACGUUGGAAACAACCGCGUGAGCUUUAUCGCUGAUGGAGCUUUCCGUGGUCUCUCCAACCUGCAGAUGCUGGAUCUCCAAAAUAAUGAAAUCUCCUGGACUAUUGAAGACAUGAAUGGACCUUUCUCUGCUUUGGACAAGCUGAAAAAACUAUUUCUGCAGAGGAACCAGAUCCGCUCGGUGACCAAGAAGUCUUUCUCAGGCCUGGAUGCGCUGCAGCACCUAGAUUUGAGUAAUAACGCCAUCAUGUCCAUCCAAGCGAACGCCUUCUCCCAGAUGAAGAACCUGCAGGAGCUGCGUCUAAACACCUCCAGCCUCCUGUGCGACUGCCAGCUGAAGUGGCUACCCAUCUGGGUGGCAGAACAAACCUUCCUGUACUGCGUCAAUGCCAGCUGCGCCCACCCGCAAAUGCUGCAGGGCAGGAGCGUGUUCGCCGUCCGCCAGGAGGAGUUUGUGUGUGAGGAUUUUCCAAAGCCUCAGAUCACUGUGCAGCCGGAAACCCAAUCGGCCCUCAAAGGCGCCAAUGUGACGUUUGUGUGCUCUGCGGCCAGCUCAAGCGACUCGCCGAUGACCUUCGCCUGGAAAAAAGACAAUGAGGUCCUUAAUGAUGCGGAGAUCCACAACCAGGCCCACCUACGGGUGCAAGGGGGAGCAGGAGGUGAGACGGAGGUGACGGAGUAUACGACCACAUUGCAGCUCCGAAACGUCGAGUUCUCCAGCGAGGGGAGGUAUCAGUGUGUGAUCUCCAACCAUUUUGGAUCUUCGUAUUCUACCAAGGCCAGACUCACCGUCCACAUGCUCCCUUCCUUCACGAAGACCCCUAUGGACUUGAGUAUCCGCGCCGGGGCAACGGCUAGGCUGGAGUGUGCUGCUGUUGGCCACCCUUCCCCCCAGAUCGCCUGGCAGAAAGAUGGAGGCACCGACUUUCCUGCCGCCCGUGAACGCCGGAUGCAUGUCAUGCCUGAGGAUGAUGUCUUUUUCAUAGUGGAUGUCAAGACUGAAGACAUUGGCGUUUAUAGCUGCACAGCUCAAAACACAGCUGGAGCCAUUUCUGCAAAUGCUACACUCACAGUUCUAGAAACACCGUCAUUUCUCCGUCCACUCAUGGAUCGCACCGUAGCUAAAGGUGAGACCGCCGUCCUUCAGUGCAUUGCUGGCGGUAGUCCUCCCCCAAAGCUGAACUGGACCAAAGAUGACAGUCCAUUAGUGGUUACAGAGCGCCACUUCUUCGCAGCUGCCAACCAACUCCUUAUCAUUGUUGACGCCGCAGAGGCAGAUGCAGGAAAGUAUACUUGUGAGAUGUCCAACACUCUGGGCACAGAGAGGGGCAACGUUCGACUGACGGUUGUGCCGAAUCCCAACUGCGACUCUGGAGCACAGGGCGUCGUUGGGGUGGGUAUUGGAACUGGGGCAGGAUCUGACGAUGAUGGGUGGACCACAGUAGGCAUCGUCAUCAUAGCGGUGGUGUGUUGUGUGGUUGGUACUUCCCUGGUUUGGGUAGUCAUCAUCUACCACACCCGUCGAAGGAACGAAGACUGUAGUGUCACCAACACAGAUGAGACCAACCUGCCUGCCGACAUCCCCAGCUACCUGUCCUCUCAGGGCACAUUAGCAGACCGACAGGAUGGUUAUAUACCGUCUGAGAGCGGUAGCAGCCAUCAGUACAUGACGUCUUCUAUUAGUGGUUUCUAUCUGCAGCCUAAAGAAAUGAUCGGUCUUUGUCAUUUGGAUACAGGAAGUGAAGUGGAUAUGGAAGUGGCCAUUGAUCCUCUGCUUUGCCAUUACCAAGGUCCAAUUGGCUCACUGCUUCAGAGAGAUAACAUGUACUUGACUGACCCAACUGAAGUCUUCACAGGUUGUUCCACUGACCAAAGGCCAGCUUGUAUGGACUCCUACAACGGCAGCCUGACAAACUCUAAAAGGAGGGACUACUUCCUGACCGAGCAUUUUGACCUCUGCUCGUCCACUGUCCUGACCCAGCUUCCCAAUGCUAGUUUGCAUCAUGCUUCCUCCUACCAUCAGAGCGACCAUCGUUCAUCAGUGGAGGAGGGGGAUACGGUUGAUUAUGGGAGACCUAAUGAAUGUCUCUCCCCCUGCAACACCUUCAUGGGAACAUUUGGGAAAGCUCCCAAUUGGAGGCCUCAGGACCUUCAUCCAGGAUUCACCCCACUGUCAGUAACACAGAAUGGCAUAACUCUGCACGAGAAUCCUUAUACUGCUCCGGAUGCAGAGUCAGACCACAAGGAGUUCAACGACUCUUCAUCAGAGCAGAGCAACAGUGUGUAUGAACAGCCAUUUGACAACACUCGGACUGAUUCCACCUCACAGUGUCUAUCAAGCACUUAGCUGAGUGACUGAGCUCCAGUGAGCUAGUGUUUUUCAUGAAGAGAACAACCCAAAAAAAGAACAUUUCUACCUCACUGAAUGUACACUUUUGCAAUAAAAGGACUCCUCAUGUGGACAACGAGUGAAUGUAAAGGACAAUUUAAUGUUCCUGCAGAAAGAAAAAGGAACAUAUUACCAGCUGUUGUUGAGGAUACAGAUUCUGUUAAAUAUUAAAGAUCAAUAUAUACUUUUUUUUUUUAUCAAAGUUUAUUAUAUUUUGUAAAUUGUAUAUAAAAAAAGAUUUCAUUAUUUUUGCUUACAUUUUGAGUACUUUGCAGCCCUGCCUAUUCACUUAUU